AUGGAAAUGAAUAUUCAACCCCAGAUAAUACCAGCAGCGCAACAGAUGGCCCCGCAGAAGCUUCCCGGGCUUAACAAGGGCAGGAAACGAAAACGGAAUGAUGACUUUGGUUCACAGAGCAAGAGUCGGGAAUUGGAAUUAAAAAAAAGAGGUGGAAAGGCUAUGAAAUUGGAUGGCCCCGGGGAGGCAAAUAUCCUUCCGUCAAGUAUACCACGUCACAAGUCAGAACAGUCCGGUUUACCCAACGGCGACGGCAAGACAGAAUCUCACACGGGGGCACUACAACGGCUGCCCCUAAGAAAACAGCUACAGCAACCUCAGAGGCAUGCCAAUAUCACUUCUCAGCAUCCUCAAAGUCACCUCCUGAAACGACGUGAUGCGCUCUUACCCAUACGAAAAGCCCUCCCAAUCUGGCCGCAUGCCGAAUCUAUCCGAGCAGCACUCCGCAAAAACAAUGUCCUCGUCUUGACAGGUGAGACCGGCUCUGGAAAGUCGACCCAAGUCCCGCAGUUCUUAUUUUCUGAAAAAUGGUGCACUAAAUGCAUUGCAAUCACCCAGCCACGUCGAGUUGCUGCAAUUUCUUUAGCCCGCCGCGUGGCUGAGGAAAUGGGGAGCCUUUUUGGAAGCCAGGGCCCGGCCGCUCAAGUCGGAUACAGUGUACGUUUUGAUAAUGCAACUGGACCAAACGCAAGGGUUAAAUUCCUCACCGAGGGCAUGCUACUUCAAGAGAUGCUUCGCGAUCCAGAGCUUGGGCAAUAUAGCGCAGUCGUAGUGGAUGAAGUGCAUGAGAGGAGCGUCAACGUGGAUUUAAUUCUUGGCUUUCUAAAGAACCUUUUGGAGGUGAAAAGCAACAGGAGGAAGGCUCCUCUAAAAAUUGUGAUUAUGAGCGCUACUGCAGAUGUAGAAAGCUUAGUCCGAUUCUUUGGGAAUGGCCUUCAGAGCUCCGAGAAUGGUAGCCAGCAUAGUGGGGCCGCUUCCAGGGUAGGAAAUGGGGAUGAUGUCCAGUCAGAGAGCUCGUGGUCGGGAAUAUUGUCCGAUGAAGAGCCUACUGCUAACGCUGAUUCAAUUAAAGCGUCGAGAAAUGAUCUGAUACAGAAACCGCUCUCAAGUUUGCCAGAAGCAACACACGUUUCGACUUGCUUCGUAGAAGGGCGUCAGUACCCCGUCAAGACAAUAUAUCUUUCAGAGCCUACGCAAGACUUCGUUGAAGGAGCUUUGAAAAUGAUCUUUCAGAUCCACUACAAAGAGCCAUUGCCAGGAGAUAUCCUUGUAUUUCUUACCGGCCAAGAAAUUAUCGAGUCCCUUGAGAAACUAGUCAAUGAGUAUGCGCAAAAGAUGGAGAAGGAAGUGCCAAAGCUCCUUGCCCUCCCGCUCUUCGCUGCACUCCCCCAAGACGCCCAGCAACGAAUUUUCACGCCUGCACCCCACCGAACCCGCAAAGUCAUCCUUGCCACCAAUAUCGCCGAGACUUCCGUCACCGUUUCCGGCGUUCGCUUCGUCAUCGACUGUGGAAAGUCCAAAAUUAAGCAGUUCCGGAACCGUCUGGGUCUCGAGUCCCUUCUUGUAAAGCCCAUUUCGAAAUCCGCCGCCAUCCAGCGCAAAGGGCGAGCUGGUCGAGAAGCACCAGGGCAGUGCUACCGACUGUAUACUGAGGACAGUUACAACGGCCUUGAAGAGAGGACAAUGCCCGAGAUUCUGAGAUGUGAUCUGAGUCACUCGAUUUUGAUGAUGAAGGCUCGAGGUGUAGAUGACGUCGUCAACUUUCCAUUCUUGGAUCGGCCGCCUGGGGAAGCUCUAGAGAAAGCUCUCCUUCAACUUCUGCAUCUAGGCGCUCUGACCGAGAUCGGUACGAUCAGCGAAAUUGGACUUAAGAUGUCGAAAUUACCACUAACCCCAACGCUGGGGCGAAUUCUGCUCGAAGCAGCAGCCCCAGAACGCGAUUGCUUGCUCGAAGUUAUCGACAUCAUAUCUGCACUCAGUGUUGAGACCAACAUCUUCCUGAACCUAGUUAGCGAGGAACGGAAAGAGGAGGCCGAGGCGGCAAGACGAGAUCUGUAUAAGAGAGCGGGCGAUCACAUGACCCUUCUAACGACGGUGCAACGAUAUGCAGAGGAGAACUCGGAUCGGAAGGCAUGGUGCGAGCGGCAUUUUGUGUCACACAGGGCGAUGCAGAAUGUCAUGAAUAUCCGCAAACAACUCCGCCAACAGUGCACGCAAUUGAAACUCCUCCCUCCGUCUUCAAUCUCGAGUCCAACCUCAUCCAUGCCAUCGGAAUCCCACACCCAAAAUAUCUUACAUUGCUUUCUCCGAGGCUUCUUAGCAAAUACUGCCACCCUCAUGCCAGAUGGCAGCUACAGAACGCUGAUGUACAAGCAAACUGUAGCUAUCCAUCCCAGCUCUGUGAUGUUUGGACGUAAGACGGAGGCUAUUGUGUUCAGCGAGUUUGUCUUUACGACAAAGGCGUGGGCAAAGGGGGUUAGUGCUGUGCAGAACGAUUGGGUGGGGGAUAUUGUUGGGAAGGUCUUCGGUUGUUAG